CAGGUGGAAGUUAAUGAAGCUCAUCGCAUUGUUCGAGUCAUCUAGAGUAGAAGACCCUCGUGGCGAUGAUAGCAACUGUUCAGAUAUACAAAGCAGCAGUGAAUCGAGCAAUAUUUCGUCCCAGUACAGUAGUAACGAAGAAGAUUUCGGCGACAAUCCAACAUCUAGUGAACACAACAAAAGUCCGGAGCGAGACAUAUCUGUGUCAGACGGAGAUUUGCAAACCUGGUGAACAGCGUCUUUACAAGCGCUUGGUGGGGAGAAAAUUGUGACAAUGCUUACUCUUGAGAGAAUCUUCCAACGUCUUCUUCAAACACGGCAGUUGUGCCUUGCUCAUAGAGCCUUGGGAAAGGGUAGAAUGAACGGUGAUUGUAGUGAUCAUGGUAACGACGUACUGGACGAACUACUUGCUCAUCUAAAUUAGUUCCAGAGUGGGUAUACAUGUGUGGAGAUACUUGAUUCCCUGAAUCUCACUGCCAAAGAGAAGAAGGAGAUGGAUGUUGAAGCCUUUGCAAGACUUGACGCUGAUG